AUGAAAAGCCAGCUAGACCCUAGGAAAGGCGACGAUGAAGCAUCACUGAAGGACCACAAACCCAGCGCCUCGAUAGAAGCCCCAAGCACGACGACAAGAUGUGAGGCACAAGAAGCAGAACUAGAUCGAUCGGGACCUGGGAGCAACCAAACUCCCAAUGAUGCCGUUCAAGGGCGAGACAGAAGGAUCAAGAAACCCCUUUCUGCUGGAGCUGAAGCCAAGCAGACAGGAGUAGACGAGUCACCGAGCUGGUCUGUCGUGAAGAGGGAUAGAAAUCGACUUAAUGCUCAGAAAGGUCGGCAGAAACAACAAAACCAACUAAAGUUUCUUGAGUACGAAUACGCAAGACUAUUCGCGUCUAAUGGUGCUUUGCGAUAUCAGAACCUUCACUUGAAAGGCGCGAUCCAACAGGUCAAGAUCCAGCGCGACGCUACGAAGAAACCCCCUGCCGUUGGCGCUUCAUCUGCUGCUGCACUGAAUAUCAGACUGCCUUUACAGCAGCAGACAUUACCGAGCAUUCUUAGUCAGCAGCAACUCACAGCACUGCUGCUGGGAAAUGAUAACGCAACAAGAGCAAUGUCUCAAGGACUGCCGUUCACGGCAGGUAAUUUCGCAUCUAGACAAGAGCUGGUGCCAACGACGACGUCAUUGCUGCAAAUGGGGGCUGGGGGGGGCAAUAAUAUGAGUCAUGCGGCAGCUCCUUUUGGAGCAAGCAAAGGAGAAAAUUUCUGCUGUCAGGUCUUCAUGGUGUAUAGCACCUUGGAUACAGCUACCAAACAACUUUACCAUGGCGCCCGGCAUCAUCCUUUCUGCCGUAACUGUCCUCGAUAA